AUGGCAGCUUCCUUAAGAGAAAAACAAACAGCUUCCUUGAAGCGUAUGUUGAAUUUCAACUCACCGCCAUCACUAUCAAGUUCUGUUGAACCACAAUGGAAGGUACUAGUGUAUGAUCGAUUUGGACAGGACAUUAUCUCCCCUUUGUUAACAGUCAAAGAAUUACGUGACAUGGGUGUGACCCUGCAUCUCCUGCUUCACUCUGACCGGGAUCCCAUCCCUGAUGUUCCUGCCAUUUACUUUGUUAUGCCAUCAGAGGAAAAUGUGCAAAGGAUUUGUAGAGAUCUUCAGAACCAGUUGUAUGACAGUUAUUAUCUCAACUUCAUAUCAGCUGUAUCCAGACAGAAGCUGGAGGAUAUUGCCAGCGCAGCUAUCCAACAAAAUUGCGCCCUGCAAGUCUCAAAGGUGUUUGAUCAGUACCUCAACUUUAUCUCAUUGGAGGAUGAUAUGUUCACUCUCAGGCAUCAAGAUAGGGAUUCUAUAUCAUACUACGCUAUAAACCGUGGAGAUGUCAAGGACACUGAGAUUGAGGCCACCAUGGAUAUUAUAGUGGACAGUCUCUUCUCUGUAUUUGUUACUCUUGGUACGGUUCCUCUUAUACAAUGUCCACGUGGAAAUGCUGCAGAAAUGGUUGCCCAAAAACUAGACAAGAAAUUACGUGAAAACUUGCGAGAUGCCAGAAAUAGUUUAUUUACCACAGAUAGUGUACAGGCUGGUCAAUUUAGUUUCCAGAGACCAUUGCUUGUGAUAUUAGACAGAAACCUUGACUUGGCGACUCUACUUCACCACACCUGGACAUACCAGGCUUUGUCACAUGAUGUGUUGGAUUUAAAGUUGAACAGAGUAGAGAUUGAGGAAUCUGUGGAUGUCAAAUCACCAGGGGGUGUAGCCAGACCUAAGAAGAAGAAGCGAUCUUACGAUUUAAGUUUUCUUGACAAGUUUUGGCAGAACCAUAAAGGAAGUCCAUUCCCCACAGUGGCAGAGGCCGUACAAGAGGAGCUGGAUGCUUACAGAGCCAGUGAGGAUGAAGUCAAGCAACUUAAAGCUGCCAUGGGAUUAGAAGGAGAAGAUGACUCGGCUAUUAGUAUGUUGUCUGACAACACAGCAAAGCUAACCUCAGCAGUCAGUUCUCUUCCCGAGCUUCUGGAGAAGAAGAGGUUAAUUGACAUGCAUAUGAAUCUGGCCACGGCGCUUCUCGACCAUAUCAAGUCACGGAAAUUAGACAUAUACUUUGAGAUGGAAGAGAAAAUGAUGAGCAAAUCACAACUGGACAAAUCUCUCAUGGACAUCAUCACCAAUCCAGAAGCCGGAACUCCUGAAGACAAAGUGCGACUGUUUAUUAUUGCCAUCAUUUGUGGUCCGCCAAUGACUGAGGCUGAGAUGGACCAGUACUGCGUGGCUUUACAGGGAGCUAACUGCGAUGUCACGCCCAUACAGUACAUCAGGAGAUGGAGGGCUUACGCCAAAAUGGCUGCCAUGCCGAGUCAGUACACAGGAGGUGGCACAACCACUGUCAGCAUGUUCUCCAAGCUUGUGUCCCAGGGUUCUCAGUUUGUGAUGGAGGGGGUGAAGAACCUGGUAGUCAAGAAACAUAAAUUACCAGCCACACGCAUUGUGGACGCUUUGAUGGAGUUUAAAUCUCACCAAGAUGUUGAGGACUACAAGUACUUUGACCCCAAAUUACUACGUGGAGACAGCUCAUCUAUUCCAAGAAACAAAACACCUUUCCAGGAAGCAAUUGUGUUCAUGGUUGGUGGAGGUAACUACAUUGAGUACCAGAACCUGGUGGAUUAUGCUAAGAGCAAGUCCAGCACAAUUCCAAAGAGAGUAGUAUAUGGUUGUAGUGACCUGGUGAACGCCAACCAGUUCCUCAAGCAGCUCUCCAAGCUGGGACAGGAGAUGUAGACAGGAGUUGAUGGCAUCCUUGUUUCAUCUGUCCGUCAUCGUUAACUCCUCCUACACAAGUCCUCUUACAAAGAAAGACAAAUACAUUGCUGUACAUACAGCUGUACACAAACAACCGUAGCAGAUUCAUCUGUCCAUCAUCGUUAGCUCCUCCUACACAAGUCCUCAUACAGAGAAAGACAAAUACAUUGCUGUACAUACAGCUGUACACAAACAACCUUAGCAGAUUCAUCUUUCUGUCAUCGUUAGCUCCUCCUACACAAGCUUUCGCACAGAGAAAGACAAAUACAUUGCUGUACAUACAACUGUACACAAACAACCUUAGCAGUUUCAUCUGUAUGUCAUUGUUAAGACCUGCUAUAUAAUUCCCCAAGCCAGGCCCUUCUGUAUAACUGACCUGCACUGAUCAUGUGGGUAUUUUUUGUUCUUGGAGCAGCGGCCAUUUUGGUGUUAUCCAUGCUCUGCUCGCUCCAUUACCCA